UAGAAUGAUAAUAAUUCAUAAAUACUCAAUUUCAAAUUUGGUAAUUGGUUAGCUUCUAUAACUUUGUUUAUAUUAAACUAUUCAAAAAUUAAGUAAUGUUUUAAUAAUGAUUAUGUACUUGGACAACAAUUAUUGUUUUAAAUGAUUUUAACAUAAGGCGUUUGAACAUAUUGCUUACAAAAAAUGGGUUUGACUAAACAAUAUUUACGUUACGCUCCAUUGAAAAAUUUCAACAUAAUAUGCCAUCCCGAUUGCAAUAUAAUUUUUGUAACUAUUGACGGGGUACAUGAUCGAUAUGCUGCAGUUGGAGCUUGUGAAAAUAUAAUUAUUUGGGAUUUACGUUUAGCCAAGUUGGUCAUGAUGAUAGAAGACGAAGAUACGAAAAAUAAUACCUCUAAGAAAGUGAGCGUUGUUAAAUUAGCAACAGCUCCCAACGGCAAACACAUUUCGGCCGGUUAUUCUGACGGAAUAGUGAAAACAUUUGAUUUGACCACUGGUGAACUAGUUGGGACGUUCCAAGGACAUCGAUCAGCGAUAACCGCGUUAAAUUAUGAUUCAGACGGUCAUAUGCUCGCGUCAGGCUCAAAGGAUACCGAAGCUGUAGUCUGGGAUGUUAUUGCUGAAAAAGGAUUACAUAGACUUUGUGGUCAUAAAGGUGUAGUGACAGACAUAAAGUUUAUAAGUAAACACAAUGUUGUAGUGACAUCGUCUAAAGACACUUACAUCAAAUUUUGGGAUUUGACUACUGGCCACUGUUUUAAAACGUUAGCCGGUCACAUAACUGAGGUAUGGACAUUAAAUGUGUUACGCGAUGGUGAUUUUAUUGUUGCCGGCAGUAAUGAUGCUGAGUUACGUACUUGGAAAAUAUCAAAAACUAACGAAGAUGAAAAAGACAUUAAAAUGACAGAACUUUUGUCAACAGACGGGUUAUUAGAUUAUGCGGCUCCGAUAAAAUGUGAUAAAGUGGGAUCGUUAAUGCGAGAAGGACCUGGUCGUGUUGUGUCGACUGCUACGGAUAAUACAAAUCAUAUUAUUUGUUGCCACGGACACGGAAAGUUACUGGAGCUAUUUAUUUUCACCGACGAUGGAGAAGCACUGGAACGUUUUCGUAACAGACAACGUAAAUUUAGAAAAAAAGCUCUUAAACGUGAAGAAAAUAUAGAUGAUGUUAAGUUUUUGAAUGAAACAAAUCCAGCGUUGCAAGACACUGUUAGAAGACUACCAGCUAUUUUAACAGAUUUCAAAAUCAAAUCUGCUAAUGUAACGUUAAAUCAAACUCACAUCAAGGUGGCCGUAAGUCUAGCCAAUAAUACUUUAAUAUUGUACUCGAUCCCAUUGAAUGAAAGUAAAGAAGUAAAACUUGUGCGCAAGAUUUCUUUACACGGUCAUAGAUCUUACGCAAAAGUUGUAACAUUUAGUUCAGAUAAUUUGGCCAUUUUUACCGGUGGAGCGGAUUCUGUGAAAAUGUGGAACAGGAAAAGUUUAAAUUGUAUUCGUACUGUAAAUACAACCAGUCCUGUUCAGUGUAUGUGUGUCGUGCCUGGCGAUCGGCAUGUAUUAGCUGGACUCGAAGAUGGUAAUUUGUUAGUGAUUGAUAUUGCCGCUGGAGACGUAGUUGAAGUUAUUCCCGCUCACACCAAAGACAUCAAAUCAAUUUAUUUGCUACCGGAUGAGUUGGGAUGCAUCACCGGCGGAGGAGACAGUACAGUUAAACUGUGGCAAUUAGAAUUAGUUACUUUGCCAGAGACUGAUAGAAGAGUCUUAUCAUUAUUACAUAAAAAAACAUUAGAGUUGGACGAAAAUGUUCAGUGCGCUAAAGUAAGCCCGGAUAACAAACUCUUGGCAGUAGCUUUACUUGACAACACCGUCAAAAUAUUUUUUAUGGACACAUUCAAGUAUUUCAUAGAUCUUUACGGACACACGCUUCCUAUUAACGAUCUGGAUAUAAGUUACGACUCGUCUAUUAUUAUAACUGCAAGUGGUGACAAAACAAUAAGAGUUUGGGGCUUGGAUUACGGAGAUUGUCACAGACGUCUGACGACGGACUCGGCUUUGACCAGUAUAAAAUUUGUACCUCAAACUCAUCAGUUUUUUACCACGGACAAAUUAGGAUAUGUGAAACAUUGGGAUGGAGACGCCUUUGAACGCAUAUUAACAUUACAAGGUCAUCGUGGUGAAUGCUAUAGUUCUUCUGUAAGUAGUAACGGUGCUUAUGUCAUCAGUUCUGGUCAAGACAAUGUUAUAAGGUUAUAUGAGAAAACUGACGAACCACUAGUAUUGGAGGAUGAACGUGAAGAAGAAAGAGCGCAAGAAGAUAAUAAUGAAUUGGCUACGGGCGAAGACACAAAUGUCUAUGGCGGACCAUCUGUACUUUCAUUGCCUACAAAGAAAACUAUAACUUCUGAAAAAGGAGCAGAACUUUUGCUAGAAUGUUUGAACGUUAUUAAAGAAUAUAAAGAUGCGUGUGCUCAAAGUGAAAGUAAAGAAACGGCUUUACCGUCUCUACCAUUAAUAAUGAGUGCGUUCAAUGUAAAAACAACUGAUGACUAUUUAUUAGAGAUUAUCAAAAGAAUUCGUUCAAGUGAAUUAGAAGAGGUGUUACUGUUAAUUCCAUUUGAUAGUAUAUGUUACUUUAUGGAAUUAUUGGUUUCGUUAUUGGGUCACACCCAUCAUGACAUCGAAGCGGUCGUUCGUUCUCUUAUAUUUUUGGUUCAGACUUUGCACAAACCGUUAACAUCAUCGAAAGAUAUGCUGCCUAGGUUAAGAAAUUUAAAUAUCCUCGCUAAUAAAAGAACAAGUGAAUUUCGAGAUCUCGUAGGUGAAAAUUUACAUUCUUUGUUAUUGAUAAACAAUAACCAAGAAGAAGAAGAACUCGUAUUUAACAUAACUCAAAACGUUAACAAGAAGAGAAAACGGCAAAAGCAAAAAAUAUUGAAAACCACUGUUAUACAAAUUUAAAUUUGUAUUUGUUUUUAUUAAAAUAAAAUAAGAUUUUUUUUUUCUAGA